GCGUCACUCUGACGUCACGCCAGAAACGCAGCGUCGUUCCGCGUCACGCGACACAGUUCAGCUCCCACAGGAAAAAAGUCUGCUGUCAGAGAUGGUGUGUAUUCCCUGCAUCGUUAUUCCUGUGCUGCUGUGGGUUUAUAAGCGCUUCCUGGAGCCCAUCAUCUAUCCUCUCAUCUCUCCCUUCAUCAGCCGCUUCUGGAGGAAAGCAGCUGUGCAGGAGACCCAGAAACACCACGACACCGCUGAAUGUAAUGGAACGGCGAACGGAUCUACAGCCAACGGCCCGAAGACGGUGGCUGAUAAGAAAGCCGACUGACAGAUCUCACGUCCCUGCAAUCGUCUGACUCCCGUUUUAAAAUGUAGAUAUUUUAAAUUGUCAACUAAUAUAUGGACACGCGCUCGGAUCCUGUCUCGUUGCUUACAUCAUAUACAUUAAUAUGUUCAAUAAAAGUGAAUGUAGUAGAUUUUGUUUUUGUCAUUCCGUGAUCAUUUUUAACUUCUUCCACUCAGAGCUGACUUUCUGUGUGUAACUUAUGAUGCUUCAUUUAAAAUAAACGCUGAAUUAUUUUA